GAUACUCCAAUGAUACGUAUAACUCAUCUCACGUCAAACAUUAUAAAAAUAAUGAUUUAGUUUUCGCAUACGAGUGCACCAAAACUGUGAAAAUGAUUUUUGAACAAACGUCGAUAAAAUUUGUGGUUUUUCAAAUUUUGGUUGGCGUGACUUACACAAAAAGAUACCACUGCGAAGCUAAAACAGCUAGCUUUUCAGAAGAACUCAGAAGUCGGCUAUUUUCAAAUUAUAAUUUAUCGAUCUCUUCAAACACAAUUUCUCAAGAUUACCUUCAGAAAUUUGACUUUAGAACUUUUUACGCUGAUAUAGAUGCUUCAGGAAUAUUCCAGCUGAUUGGAGAUGCAAAAGCAAUCUGGAAAGAUGACCAACUGUCCUGGUAUCCAAAUGAAUAUAAUAAUACACAUUCUUUAGAUAUUGGGGAUUAUUUUCAUCAGAUAUGGAAACCGGAUUUCAUAUUGAUCAACAACGCAUUUCGGAAUAAUAAAUCUUUGCUCGAUUCAGAGGACUAUAUUGCAACAGUUUGGCAUAAUGGAACGGUCAUGUUUUGGACAAGGUACAUCAGCAUACAAGUUGGUUGCCAGAUCACAAUAAAAAGCAGGCCAUGGGUCAACCAAAUGUGUCAGCUAUAUUUUGAAACCAGCUCAUCAAAAUUUUUAUUCACCGUUCAUUCUACAAAUACGAACGAAUCUACAUCUAUGCAGUUUUUGGAAAAUACGACUUGGGUAAAUUCAAACAUUAAAUCACCAUGGAUGGUCAAUAAAACUCGAAAGGUAGCAUCAAUAGAUGGAAACCACACAUUGUCCAAUAAUUUGACAUUAAUUGAGGUGGAAUUACACAGAAACAUGGGUCCUUAUAAAUCCACACAAUGUAUCUCAUAUCCAAGUAGCUAUAAAGAUGAAAUCCAUUGCUAUUUGUUUUCAAACUUCAAUUUGCUUUUACCUCCAUCUGAAGUGGAGUCACCUCGUAUGGAUAGUGAUAUUCCUUCAAUAAUUUUACGUAUCUCAUACAUCGAUUUUAAUAUAGAAAGCGGAAUGUUUCUGUUGAUUGGGGAGGUUGCAAUGGAUUGGUAUAAUGAACAAGUGCGAUGGCACAAUACAAGAUUCGGAGGGCAGCUUUACUUAGAUGUGUCACCAGAUUCAGUGUGGAAGCCAAGUUUAAUUUUAAACAAUAAUAUGUUUCGAAAAAAUUACUUCAACAAAAACACUUUUGGUGGAGGUCACUUGGUAGAGAUUCAGUGGAGUGGCCGAAUGCGAUGGAGAACGUCAAUGUAUGCCCACACAAAAUGCCACCCUAGCUCCAAUAGUUGGCCAUGGGGUUCUCAAACGUGUAAUCUGAAUUUCACAACCAACGUAGAUGGCAUGGACCCUUUCGUGUUCCAAGCACAUGACCCGGAGUUACAUGAAGUGACAUCAUUAUGGACAAUCACCAACGUCAAAAUCGAACGUAAUUUUCCCAUAUUAAACAUUGAAGUAACUUUUGAAAUUAAUAGCCGCUCGUCCCAGAUUGUAUCAUGUUUGGCAUUCAUAGGUGUUAGUUUAGUAAUGUUGGCGUCAUUCUUGAUAUCCCCUGGAAAUAGGAUUAAACAGGCAUCAAAAAUGGUAUCUUUGCUAUUUCUUGCAAUGUAUUUGGUAAUGUUGAUGAAUUCAAUUCCUCAUUUUACCGAAAUACAGUCUAAUUUCUUGAUCGGAUUUGUCCUGUUGUUAUCAAUUGUGGGAAUAUCUGGCUGCGUUUCAGCUACCAUAGUUCGAUUUGCAAGAAAAUCCCGCUUGUAUCAUCCAUCCCUGAUCAUGGUAAACGAACAGGAAGAUAGAAAUUUGGAAGAAAACAUGUGUGAAAAUUACAGGAUGAAUACAGUACUACCAGACAACAUACCAUCAACUGAUGACCAGUACAAUACUCCAGUAUCACUGAUGAAAAAAUCUCAAACUGAAUGGUUAAAAAUACAUCGAAUAGUAGAGUAUUUAUCAUUUUCUGCUUGUUUGAUGGUUGUUGUAAUUCUUACCCUAAGUUUUACGAUCUGAAAGCUGAUCUUCGUUCGAAUAUCUUUUCUGUUAUGCUCAAAUUGUAACCACAUGGAAUAACUCAUAAUUAUUUAUUAGAUCGCAUGGCCACACGUUUGUAUUUAUUAUUAUUCAUGUAAGUACAUGCAAAAUUACUUGUGAAAAGUUGCGAACUUAUGCGGGUCUUAUCUUAUUCAAAAGAUGAGAUACUAUAGUAUUAAAUAUCGAUUGCUAAUUGUA